AUGGAGGAAAGCAACCAAGACGAGAUCAUCGGAGUUGUUACUGUUCACAACGGAGAGGAUGGUGAACAAAAUGGAAUGGAAACGAAUGGAGUUGAAGCUGAACCAAUCCCAGACAGACCACCUCCAAAACGAGUCGAAAUACUCGAUUGUAAUUCUUUGAAUGGUCUAAUGUAUCAUUAUUUUGCACAAGGAGAUUAUAUUGAAUGUAAAUCAUUGAUUGGAGAAAUUCAAAGUAAAUAUAAGGAGAAAAAUGAAGCAGCGUUUCAUGUCCGUGGAUUGAUUGCUAGAAACGAAGGAGAACUGGAAGAAGCUAUGGAUUGUUUUGAGAAAGCGUACGAACUUUCUGGAAAGAAUAAAAAAUACUUUUAUGAAACUGGAAGAUGUAACUUUCUUCUUGGACGUCACCAAAUCGCUGUCGAACAACUCCGAAAAGCCAGUGAGGUGAUGAAAGAUAAUCCGAAAGUUUGGUAUUGGAUGGCCAGAGCCAUUUACCAUUUGCCGUCAGAAAAAAUUCCAGGGAAGACUUUUAAUCCGACUGAAACUGCGAGAAACCUUCUUAUGGGAUCAACUGUUGCUAAAGAUGCAGAAUUGAUUACUUUCCUUGGGCGUCUUUGUGAAGAACUUCAGGAUACAGAGGGAGCGAUUGCAGCAUACGAAUCAGCAAUGAAACUGCAACCAGAUAAUACAGAUGUCAUGAUUCGUUUGGCAUUGGUUUUGUUAAGAAUGGGAAAAGAGAAGGAAGGUUUUGAGCAACUUGGUAACUGUUUGGCUUAUGACCCAUCGAAUAGUCAAGCAAUUCUGACACUCGGAUCCAUUAUGCAGCAACACUAUGAUCAUGAUGUGGCAUUGAAUAAAUACAGAGUGGCCGCAGAUGCUUGUGAUUAUAAUGGAUGUCUGUGGAAUAAUAUUGGAAUAGGUCUUCUAGCAAGAAACAAAUCUGCUGCAGCUCAUUCGGCACUCAAGAAAGCUUCUUUCAUAAGUCCUCUAGAUUAUAAAAUCAGUUUUAAUUUGGGAGUUCUCCAUGAUAUCAUGAAAUUACAUUGCUCGGCUCUUCAUUACAUUAAAUUAUGCACUGAGCUAAAACCGAAUAAUGCAAAGGCUGUUGGUGCAAUGGCUGUGAUAUUGUCGCAUAUGAAUGAUGUUAAGAAUGCAAGAGCAGCAUACAAGAAGUCAAUUGAGUUACAGCCAUCUCCAUCUAUUGUAAACACAUUGUUGCUUUCAUUCCAUGUAUUCUGGUUCCAGGUUCUCAAUUAUGCAAUUUUCGAAUAUCGCACAAAGAAUUUUGCGGCUGCAUCAACAGCGGUUCAAAUCUACAAACAACUCGAGGCAUCUGGAAUGAAGUGCAGUGCUAACCACAAACAGACUGCAAGUCUUCUGGAUAGUGUUUUGAAGCAACAUGAAGAGACUCCGCCUACAGAAAACUGA